GCCAAUGGUUACAGAGCGAAGCGAUCGUUCGUUCCCGGCGCUUGCCAGCUCGACUGACCCCGAAGAGGCGAUGGCUAUGUCGCGCGUCCUCGAGUGGAUCUUCGCGUUCUAUUUCCUCACUCAUAUCCCGAUCACUUUAUUCCUCGAUUUGCAGCCAUUGCUGCCUGGAGUUUACCCUUCCGCCCUGUCCGAUGCAAUGACAUGGUACACAGCUACAUUCAAGGAUCCAUUGUUGGCAAGGCCAGAACCCUGGUUCCUGUCUCUCCUUUUCUUCGAAGCUUUUCUACAAUUGUUUUUCUUUCCCGUUGCUGCCUAUGCCUUCUGGAAAGGGAACUGCAAAUGGAUUCGGGUUCCUGUGAUUAUCUACACAACGCACGUAAUUACAGCAGUGGUUCCUUGCCUAGCCCACAUCCUGUUUGCUGAUUUCUCCAACGCUAAAGUCCCGGCUCCACAGACUCUACAGGAACGUUUGACCGUGUCUGCUUUCUACGCUCCUUUCUUAGCAAUUUCCCUUGCAAUGUUGCUUUUUGUACUGUUCAGCUCUGCUUAUCAGCCAGCUGAAAAAAAGAAGAAGAAAUAAAACCUUUGGCCUUUCUCCUUUGGGAAGAAGGAAGAUGUGCCAAUUGGAUCAAG